AUGAUCUCCCACCUCAUCGGCCACCCCCUCCGCUUCGCCAUCUCCACCCUCAAAAUCACCUGCCUCGCCCACCUCACCCUCUCCCACCUCCUCCAAGUCUCCCCCGCCCAGGGCCCCUCCAUGCUGCCCACCUUUGCCGUCGACGGCGACUGGAUCGCCGCCGACAUGACCGCCCGCCUCGGCCGCCGCAUUAAAGUCGGCGACCUCGUCCUCUACAAGAUCCCCAUCUUUGCCAGCCAGCACGGCGUCAAGCGAGUCAUUGGCCUGCCGGGCGACUACGUCUCGCUGGGCACGCCGGGGGAGAGGGGCGAGGACCAGAUGAUUCAGGUUCCCGAGGGCCAUUGCUGGAUCGUGGGAGAUAACCUUCCAGCCUCCCGAGACUCACGACAGUUCGGUCCUCUGCCACUGGCUUUAAUCCAGGGAAAGAUUAUCGGCAAAAUCUUGCCCUGGAAAGACCGCCAAUGGGCCAGCGAUGGCCUCCUCAAAAUAGACUCAAAAUAG